GUCCUUUACCGCAGGCGGAAGUGAAGGCCGGGGCCCGUCGGCUGGACAGGAGACGUUUUGUGGCGGCGAGAAAGGAAAUUCCUCUCAAGCUACGUUUUGAGAAACGUUUCCUAAGGCUUCCUCCACUUGUGACUGCUAAUCCCUCCUUCCAUCCAUCGUCCUCAAGCCAGUCUCGAUCCUGGUGUCCUCUGCUCCCCCUCUCGUCCUCCGUGUCCUUGCUGAGCUCCAGUCGCGGUGUUAGCCCAGCCUGCUCUCCUCUAGUGCUGGCAUGGCGGGGCGAGUAGGAGUGACGCGGACCAACGGCACGACUGCCGCCGCCGCCAACAAGAUCUGCCAGUUCAAGCUGGUGCUGCUGGGAGAGUCGGCCGUGGGCAAGUCCAGCCUGGUACUGCGUUUCGUCAAGGGCCAGUUCCACGAGUACCAGGAGAGCACCAUCGGAGCCGCAUUCCUCACACAGACAGUCUGCUUGGAUGAUACAACAGUAAAGUUUGAGAUUUGGGACACAGCCGGGCAAGAGAGAUACCACAGUUUGGCUCCAAUGUACUACAGAGGAGCCCAGGCUGCCAUUGUAGUCUACGACAUCACUAACACAGACACUUUCACCCGAGCAAAGAACUGGGUAAAGGAGCUCCAGAGACAGGCCAGCCCCAACAUCGUCAUCGCUCUGGCUGGGAACAAAGCCGACCUUGCUAACAAGAGAGCUGUGGAUUUCCAGGAAGCGCAGGCGUACGCAGACGACAACAGCCUGCUGUUCAUGGAGACAUCCGCUAAGACUGCCAUGAAUGUCAACGAGAUCUUCAUGGCCAUCGCGAAAAAGCUUCCGAAGAACGAGCCACAGGGCGGGGCAGGGCCUGGGGGGCGGGCUCGAGGCGGAGUUGACCUGCAGGAAGCGGCACCUCAGGGCAGAUCUGGCCAGUGCUGCGGAGGAGGAAACUAACCAUGUGUCCAGUCGUGUGGAGAACGUGGCCGAGGAUCAACAGACACAUUAUCAACCAACUCAUAGUCUGACAGUUAUGUCUAUUCACAGCACAAGUGGAAAAUCUAGUCAGUUAGACUGUGACGUCCAUCAGAUUCUUCUUCUGAACUGACCAAAGGGGCCGUUCACAGCCACUUGUAAAUAUUUUGACCAAUUAUCCCUCCUACUCAUAGGCAGCGCCACAGCCGCCUCCUUCACAGCUGUGUUUAAGAAUCGGCCACCUGUCAAAAAAAAAGGAAAAAAAAUGAUGAAUUUGGGGAAUAAGGAGGGAAACCGAUCACUUCUGUCACACUUAACCGGAGCUGUGAGGUUCUUGUUCUAGUCUAUUCACAAAAAAAAAAAAAAAAUCAACACUGCAGCUGGAGGGAAAACAGGCUUCUUUCAACUUUAUAUCCUCAAUUCUCUCUCUCUGUCUCUCUCUCUUCCCACCCCAUCGCACUCUGAACUGCACAGCACCCAACAAGUAUUGACGUCUUCUCUCCUUCCUGAUCUAAUUUCCAGUGAGAGGAGACAGACAGACAUGAGCGAGAGGCUGUUUUCCCUUCAUGUGCAGCAUUUCUGUAGAUUCUGUAUUAUUCUUGGUUAUUGCUACUAUUAUUAUUAUUGUAAUUAUGAAUACAUGCCACUACUCCAGGACUAAUGAAUAUAAACGAUAGGUUAGUUCCCCCUGAAAUCGUUACUGUCUGCCAUCUUAAUCUGUAAAUGCAUAACGCAUUAACGGCUAUAACACCAGUGUCUUUAAGCAUUAAUGAAAUGAGAUUCAUCAAAUCGUUCAGUCAACCAAGCUGGUGUUAAACAUGAAUAACGCAAGGCAAUGUUCGCUUCCUCUGACCAAAAUCAAAGUAUGUGUAUUGAGAGAAAAACUGUUGCUGUAUUUGUACUUUGUAUUUUCUUUCUUUUUUUUUUUUUUCCUGCAAAAGUAUAUCCAAUCAUUAGCCAUUAUCAAUACAAUACCUUCCCAAAACCAGAUCAAUCAUCCAUCUGUUUUUUUUUUUUUUCUUCUCCUUUUUGGUGAAAUGAUUUUUGUAACUAAGUUUUCUGAGUGCACUUUUUAUUUUUCAUUCUUCUAAAGGUGAACUGAUAUUUUUCAUCUUGUAAUUUAGCACAACGGAUCAGAACCGCUGCCCAGACCCGACUUUGAAAGGGUUGGACAAAUGUUUUGUAGUCUUCCAUGGACGGGGGACGCAAACUACAAUCUUCUACGUGUAAUUUUACCAAUAAAAAUGGGGAAGGUA